AUGUAUCCUCCUUCAGCGCCGGUCGAAUUACCCACCUCUUAUGCCUCUCUCGAUCUACCAGAUAUCAAACUGUCUCAUGUCCCGGAAUCAUCUCCAGUCCCGACUCCAGUCUUGCUGGUUACGCUCAACAGACCGCACAAGAACAAUGCCUUUACGGGACCGAUGCGUAACAGCCUCGAGAGUGUGUUCCGCAUGGUCAACGUCGACUCGAGGGUCAAGGUGGUGGUCCUGACGGGCGCGGGAAGGAUGUAUUGUGCCGGGGCUGAUCUGGAAAUCGGAUGGCCGGGGAGCACCAACAAGGAUGCGACGGAGACGGUGGGGAAGAGUGAGCGAGACGUGGAUCAUCGAGACCGGGGUGGGAGAGUCGCGCUGGCUAUCCACCAGUGCUCCAAACCAACCAUCGCAGCGAUACAAGGCAGCGCUGUCGGCGUGGGCAUCACCAUGUGCCUGCCCGCGACCAUCAGGGUCGCGUGCGCCAGCGCAAAGAUCGGCUUCGUCUUCUCCCGUCGAGGCAUCGUCCUCGACGCCUGCUCGUCCUAUUUCCUGCCUCGCCUAAUCGGUCUGUCGCGCGCCCUUCACCUGACUGCCACCGGUGCGAAUUACCGCGCGGACCAUCCACUCCUACAGAGCCUCUUCUCCGAGAUCCUCCCGACGCCGGAGCAGACGGUCCAGCGAGCGCUCGAGCUCGCGCAGGAGAUUGCGGACAAUUCGUCGACCGUGUCGCUGAAACUGAUGCGGGACAUGCUCAACCGCGGGCCGGGCAGCGCGGAGGAGACGCAUCUCCUCGACUCGCGCAUUCUGCACCAGUUGUUCGGGAGCAGGGACAAUCUCGAAGGGGUCAAGAGCUUUUUCGACAAGAGAGCUCCGAGUUUCAAGGGGACCUUGCAGGAGGACGCGCCGGACAGCUGGCCGUGGUGGCCACAGACGGACAUCGGGUACAGUAAGCCCAACACCAAGUACAUGGCUUCAAAGCUGUAG